AUGGAUCUGGACCAGUUUAUUGAGAGUAUUAUGAAAUGUGAGAAAGAGGUUCACUACCCACACAGUAUGUAUCAUUCGGAAGGAGUUAAAUACCUUCAUCUCAAACAGUAUGAAAAAGCUGUAAAUUUCUUCGAUUCUGCUUUGCAGAAAGAUCCGACAAAUAUCAAUUCGUGGCUGAAACGCUCUGAAACUUUUCUGGGUUUAAAAGAGUACGAGAAGGCAAAAGAAGAUGCUAUGCGAGCAAUAAAGCUGAAUCCGCUUUCGGCUAAAGCUAUAGACUUGAAAGGUCAAGCCGAAUAUUUAAUGGGAGAUUUCGAAGACGGGUACUUAACAUACCUUAAAGGACAAAAUCUUAUACCUGGUAAUGAGAAGUUGAGAUUAGGAAAGCAGCUGUGUCAAGAAGCUAUGGAUAAUUCCCUACGCCCUGUAAGAAAGAUGACUGUAGUUACCGAUGAUCUUAGACUCUUGCGCAGACAAUCAGAUGAGGGAUUUAAGCAACAUAUCUCAGGACUUAGAGGCAGACAAGCUACUUAUGAACGUUUUCUAUCUGAUAAAAAAUUCUUGGAAGCUCUCUUAUCGGACAAAUGUAGAAAAUCUAUUCACAGUCUUUGUAAAGAAGUUAUACAAUACAUUGAAAAUAGCCAACGAUUUUGGUCCAUGCAAAUGCCUCUUCAUACAAGGAAAAAGAUACCAAAAUUUCCACGAAAAUCGGUGAUAAAACCAAUGGCUCAACCAGUUGAAGUGUUUAUAUGCAGAGCCGCCAAACGGCGCUGCUCCUGGGAACUGGAAAAAGGCCGAGUGAAUAGUUGCAUCACUGAAGUGUAUAAACUUCUGGAAAGAAUAAAGUCAAUCCCAGAUAAAUUUUUUCUAGAAAAGAUUAAAUUAAAAGGGGAUGCUUUGCACCUAUUAAGUCUUGCACAUCAGCGAAAAGGUAAUCAUACAUUGUUCCUCCGAUAUCUUUACCAAGAACUAGAACUAGCCAAAGACGAUGGACUAAUUUUUAUGAAAAUUAGAGCUCUUCAUCAUUUAGGAAGCUAUUAUCUUAAAAGUCGGAAUUUACAAAAGACCUAUUUCUGUCUUGAGAAUAUAAUUUCAGUACUAAACUUUUGUGAAGCUGAAAAGUUUUUCGAACUUAAUGAUAUUUUGGAAAAGGAGGCUUUAGAAGAAUUCAAAGCUGCUAAGAAGUGGACUGAUGACUUUGUGUCCAACUUACAAGAUUAUAUUCAAGAUACAAUUAUUUCUCCUGCGGCUAAUUUAGUCAAACGAGGUACGAUCGAAGCAUUACGAAAGUCUUCCGAUUCCGAAGAUGUUCUUUCUGAUAGCCAACUUACAAAUUCAGAUAUCACUGAUCUCAAAAGUGAGACAAGUUCGUUACAGAAGUCUUCGGUUACAGAAUGUGCUGAUAAUGACAUUCAACAUACAAAUUCGGAAAACACUGAUUUCAAAGAAGAGACAGUUACAGUACAGAAGUCUGUGCUUCCCGAAAGUGCUGAUUAUGACAUCCAAAGUACAAGUUCACAUAAUAUAGAUUUCAAAGAGGAAAUAUCUUCGGUUUCAGAAGGUGUAAGGUCUGACUGCCAGCGUGCAAGUUCAGAUAGUUUUGAUUUUAAAGAUGAAACCACCUCAUCUUCUCUAGCCCAGGAAAGCGAAGACAUUUUGCCCAGAAUCAGUAGUAAGGCUGAUGAUACUAUGCAAGUGAAAAUUUCAGAUGACUCUAAUUAUGAUGAAGACGUACCAUUAACACAGUCUGAAAUUCAACACGAUAUUAGUUCGCAUACGAACACUGAAAUGGUGACAAAAUAUCCUGAGGUGGAUGAGUCUACCUCAGACGAAAUCAAAAAUUUGAAACAAACAUCAGUAAGCGAAGAAGAUACUGAUGAAAUGGAUAAAAGUGAAUCUCAGAUAUCAGAAGAAAGAACAGAUAUAUCGACAGAAAUAGAAGAAGCCCCUGAAAACUCGGAAUAG